UGAACAAUACUGUAUAAGGGUGCGAUAGAGACAAAAAUGAUAUCUCAGUAUUUUCCGAAAUGUUUAGCCAUAACAAAGUCAGACUAUAUUUUUCUGAGUGUGGUAGAAGAUGACUCCUAAAGUUAUUGAUAUGCUUCACAUUCUGCGUAGUCAGUUCACAGCAGUGAUGGAAAUUAAUAUUUUCCAACAAAGGUUAUUUUCACCCUUAAUGGGCAUUUUAUAUUUUUUCCUAGAAGAGUGCAUUAUAUUUAGCAUCAAAUUCUUAAAUUCAAUCAAUAAAGUGUCUGCAAAAAUAUAUAUAAAAUUAUACGUUUUAUAUGAAAUUCAGGGUUGUUACCAAACCAAUAAAAAUCUUUGCAAUGCAGAGGAAACACGCUGCAUCUGAAGAGGCAUUUAGAUGUAUUUACACACUGUUUAAUGCAGGACAUGAAUCCUUUAACCUGCAGUUACAAAUGCAGAAAUAAUGUUUUGAUAUUUUAAUCCUAAAACGUUGAAUAGCUUACUGAUAUUUACAAUUAUAAAGAAAAAGAAAAAUGGAAAGGUACUUUAAAUGUGAAUUGAAAACCGCCAGUAGGUGGCAAAAUUACACUAUUCCAGUUUUUUCUGAUCGCUGAAGCACAUUUUUUGUAACUAUUGGCUAUUUUUGCUAAACUCUAAACACAAAUAAGAAAACCUUUCACCCAAUUAUCAAAACAUUGUACUUCUCUUGCAAAAGCGAACACAGCUAGAUUAACUCCUUCACACCUUCGUAAAAAUGGUGUUUUUGUCGCCCCCCUUCUCGCGUGAGAAGCUACUUGACGUAAAGCGCCUUGUCAUUUUUAAUAUCUUUUUUUUUUUCAUUUGUGUGUGUGAUUUUGUCAAAUGUCUUAAGUGCUGUAGUUAAGUGCUUUUUUUUUCUUCUUUUUUUUUUUGUUCGGAGCAAAAAGAAAGAAAAACCUGCAUGUUAUAACAAUUAGCUCCUCCAAAUCCCCAAAUAUUUCAUAAUCUUCAGAAUGCUGACGAAAAUAUGAUGAGUAAAAUUAAAAUUACACUGCAGUAUAUCUAAUCAAUGAACUUACAAUGUUAUUUAGAAGUGCACAUGUAAAACAACAACCAGGAACAACCAAUUCACAGCUUUCUUGUAAGCAUCAUAUAUAACUAAUGGCAACAAGAUAAGGACAGUAUAAACCAAAAAGACAACAUUUGUGUAAGUUUAAGUAUUUUGUCCACCAGAAAACAUAAAUUGAAAAAUGGCUUAAUGCAUUAAUAGUUAAAUCCAAAGGCCAAAUUCGAAAUUAACAAUGGACCAUGGGCCAUGAGUAAACACUUCAAUCAUGUAAUGUUUUAAUAAUUUAGUAGUUUAGAAAUUAUAAUAUUCUAUAAUAUUCAUAUAUACACACACACAUUACAAUUUGUGUCACAGUGUGAACUCAAAUAACACACAAUUAUCCAUAAGCAAGCAUUCAGUAGCAUCUCAGGAAAUUAUGAACAGGAGCACAGGUGACUGCUUUAAAAAUGCAUCCUAGCACUGGAGAGAGAGCUGAAAGAAUCACACAGUGUAGUACAGUAUAGUUACAGUACUUUAUUACAAUUACAGUGUUUUGAAUUUAUCUCACUAGUGUGCACUGGGCAGGGAGGUUGUCUGCACUGUAAAUUAUAAUAGUGAGUAAACCUUAUUUUAAAAAAGCAUGCAAACAGAUUGCCUUGAAAAAAACAAGUAAAGUGAAAUAAGAAUAGUAAUUUGUACUAACAAAGGUUUAUAUAUAAGUAUUGUAAACGUGUAACUCAGAAUUACUAUUUUCAACAACUAAAUUAAGUACAUUAUGUACGUAUUUCAAACAACUCGUUUAAAUUUAGCUAAAUCAAGUAACAUUUCCUGCAACUUGGAAUUUCUAAGUUGUAUUUACUUGAACAGAAAUGUAGUUUUGACCAAUUGCCUUUAAAAAAAAGUUACAAUUUAUCUAUUAACUUAAGUACUUCAAAAAUCUAUUACAAAUUCAUGACAACAAUGUUCUAUUCUUCACACACAUAAUUACCCUAAAUCAAAUGUAGUGACAGUUCAAAGUUAAAGAUGAUAUAUUUUUUUCAAUGUAGUUUUAACUCGUAUUACAAAAAUUUUGAAACAAAGCAAAAACAUUCUGCUUUUAGUUAUGUUAAACAAUGGAGGUAGUGGUCCAAUGAUUUUAAAUACGGCAAUGAGUUGGCCUCACAAGUUGCCAAUGUUUUUUUUUCUGUCCCAAGUCAAGCAUCAUAUUGUAGGUGCUCUUCACAGUAUCAGGGUAACCCACAUGUAGUGAUGCAAACGUAGCACAUGGUGGUCGGGAAGCAAAUGUUGGAGGCAGACCCUGGAGACUAUUCUUUGCAGUACUACCCUGAACAAUUAUGGCAGAAGACACUGGGUCAAGAUUUGGAGAAGUACUUCAUGGUCAGUGAUAGUCAGCAAGCCAACAGAUUAGGGCUGCAACAACUAAUCGAUAAAAUCGAUAAUAAUCGACUAUGAAAAUCGUUGUCAACGAAUGUCAUUGUCGAUUAGUUGGUCUGCUCACGUCACGGGGAGCGUUACUGAUGACGUCACUUUCAUGACAACAGUCACACACGAAAUGGCAGAGAGUAAUGUUAAUCGGAGAGAAAUGACAGAUCAAUCGGCGGCAGAAAAGUGUGCGCCCCAAGUCAUCUAAGGCAUGGGAGCAUUUUACAUUAAAUGCAGCAAAUAAGACUGUAAUCUGCAAGUUAUGCAAAGCUGAGCUUGUGUGUCAUGGAAGUACCACAGUAAUGCACGAACACAUGAAGAGGAAACACGUUGUCACGGAUGAAGGUGAAACAUCAGCACGAAAGAAACAGCUCACCAUGAGUGAAUUUGUUCAGAGGAGAAAUCCCCCAUGCACUCCUCAACAAGCAGCCAUUGUAACAGAUGUCAUACUUAAUAUGUUGGUAACUGACAUGCGGCCAAUGUCAAUGGUGGAAUAUGAAGGAUUCAAAAAAAUGGUAGGCACACUCAACCCAGGAUAUAUUCUUCCCUCAAGGACCCACUUCACAAAAUUAAUGGAGAGGAAGUAUCAGGAGGCAUUCCAAAAAAUUAAGAGUGCUAUAAACACCACCAACAGUAGAAUGGCUUUAACUACUGAUAUAUGGACAAGUGUUGCCACUGAAGCUUACCUUGGCAUUACAUGCCAUUACAUUGGGAAUGACUGGAAGAUGACAUCUGUCUGCCUUACCACCAUGCCACUCGAAGACAGACAUACCUCAACCAACAUUGCAGAGUGGUUGGAAGAAUUAGCAGUCAAGUUUGAAAUCCCUUCUGAGAAAAUUUGUGCCAUUGUACAUGACAAUGGUGCGAACAUUGUGGCCGCUGCAAAAUUACUGGAGGAGAAACAUGGGUGGAGCAGUAUACGCUGCACUGGCCACACCUUGCAGUUGGUGAUUAAUGCUGCAUUAAAGAACACAGGCAUUCAAAGAGCUGUUGGAGCUGCAAGAUGUCUUGUGGAGCAUUUCAAAAAAAGUGAGCAAGCUUGCAGCAAGCUGAAAGACAAACAGAAACAAAUGGGCACACCUGAGCAUAAGCUUGUUCAGAAUGUAAGUACUAGAUGGAACAGUACAUUCUACAUGAUUAACAGACUGAUUGAACAGAGGUGGCCUGUAACUGCAACUCUAUCUGACCCAUCCCUCACUCACAGAGACAAACGCUAUCUUGACUUGAAACCAGACCAGUGGAGUCUGCUUGAAGAGCUUUGCACUGCUCUUAAGCCAUUUGAAUGUGCCACUGUUUUUAUGAGUGGGCAGGAAUAUAUAACAGUCUCUUCAUUGCCUCCACUUGUGAAAGGGCUCUUGAAGUCCACUGAAGGUGCUACCUACGAUUCAGCUUCAGUGAAGUCCUUCCAAGUCACAGCAGUUGAGCAGCUUCAAAACAGAUGGAAGGAAACACUCUUUGAUCAGGUAGAUAAUCCUGUGGUUCUCUCCUCUGCUCUGGACCCAAGGUUCAGAAGACUGAAAUUUCUGUCACCUGAGCAAAUUAUAACUGUUCAAGCUAAAGUGCAAGCUAAAGCACUUGCAGCAAGAAGGGAGAUGGUGCAACAGCAAAUUACCACCUCAACCAUAAGAACUGCAGCUGAACCUUCAACAUCUUUGCUUGACUCACUCCUUGAGUCUGGAGGCAGCAGUGAUGAAGAGAGCAGAGAGGAGAAAGCUGAGGAGGACCUCAACACUCAAAUAAGAAAUGAAGUCCUGGCUUACUUUGGUGAGAGGCCCCUAGCCAAGGAAGAAAAUCCUUUGGAUUGGUGGAGAGAUAAUAAAGAUAAAUAUCCCACUUUGGCAAAAUUAGCUAAAUCCUACUUGUGUAUCCCAAGCUCCUCAACACCAUCUGAGCGUCUGUUUUCCGCUGCAGGUAACAUAGCUUCCAAAAAGAGAGCCAGCCUCAGCCCGGAGCAUGUGGACAUGCUGACAUUUUUCAUUCCAAUUCAAAGUUUUGGAAGAGUGAAUAAGAAACAUGUUCUUAUGAACAACACUGAACAGUGACAGUUUUCCUCUUCUUCUGCAUUCUACCUCUGUAUCAAACAGUAACGUUUGUUUGUUUAUUAUUUAUAAUUUUGAUAUUCCAACAAAAUACGCUGCUUAAUAUAUUAUUACAAACAUCUUUUUGUCCUAAUUUCAUAAUGUGAAGUUUAUAUGAGCAGCACAACUCAAUAUUUUGUUUUGUUUAUUUAUAUUUUGGAUAUUUAAAGAAGUUUUAUUGUUUAAAAACU